AUGAAGCCUCAGCUGACGGAAACCCGAAGGCGACAAUUGGCGAUAAAACCCUCUGGAGCUGAAACUGCGCCGUCUUUCCAAGAGGAGCUUAUUGCUGCGAUACAGGGAGCCUUUGAAGUCGCUGUGGACAUAGUGGUUCGAGAGGUGAAAGCCCUGGUUGGUCAGACAACAUGCGACAUCUGCGAUGAACUCCGACGAGAAAAUGAGUCCCUCAAACAAAAGCUGCAGAGAGCAGAAGCGAUGCUGGACUCGGCAAGCAUGGGGGAGAAAAAGGACGACAGUCCUGCGAAUGAACUCGUAAUUGCCAUAAAGCACAGAGAUGAACCUCUCCAGCACAAACGCGAUACUAAAUAUCCAAACCGCGAAGAGCGCAGUUUAGAUGGCGCAGGGGCCAGGGGUGCACUUGUAGGUCAUAGAGGCACCAAUCCUGACCUCCAAGAUAAAUAUGUGCGCAAAAAACAAGACAAAAGAUCUAAGCGUGAUGAGAUGACUGGAUGUGACAGUGAUGCAGGUUCACAGACUGGGGAGGAAGGAAAUAAUGGAUGUAAAGAGGUCACUGAAGACAUUUCCAGUCAUUAUGGAGUGAAAGUUGAAGCCAUGAAUCCGGUAUGUCAGGACCCACGAGCUCAAGACUCCGCACCAUCUCACACCGCUGACAGCAAGUCUACAUUAGAACAAGUUACUGUCAAGCAGGAGGAGCCUGAGGAAGAAAUCGGUGCCACAUCCUGCUGUUUGGACUUUAUGAAAGUGGAGGAUUUAAGCUUGGAGGGCAUGCAGUGGAUACCAGAAAUGCCUGAUAUUCAGAGUCAAGAUCCAGAGGCUCAGCUGAUAAGCAGCAGCAGGCUGGGCCAGGCACAUCCUGCAAAUCUGGUCGCAAGCAUGCCACCACCAGAUCAUCGGUCCAUCUCCUCUGCAUUUCCAAACAGCAACCAGCUGGCAGAACCAGCUGUCAUAUCUCAACCAUCUCAACCAGUCUAUGGAGUCCAACUCCGGACCAGCCGCGCCAUCGCCACCCUUCACACCUGUAAGUUCUGCAGUCAGAGCUUCCACCUGCCCAGCUUGCUGCGGCGGCAUUAUGGUCAGUGCCAGCAGAGGCUCCAUCAGCGUUGUCCGCAGCCCUUAGCGGGAAACAAGAGGACCAGGCUGCAGCUCUACCCACCAGGCUGCAGCCCCUUCCGCUGCACAGUGUGCAACAGAGAGUUCAACCGCAUGGAGAAUCUGAAGACACACCUUCGCAUCCACACAGGAGAGAGACCUUAUACCUGCUCUGUGUGCUCCAAGUGCUUUCGCCACUCUGGAGCGUUAACCCGCCAUUUCCGCAUCCAUACUGGAGAGAAGCCUUACAUCUGUGGACAGUGUGGGAAGUCUUUCAGGAACUGUGGUGGGCUCAAAUUCCACCAGCGUUCUCAUAGCAUGUAGCUGCAGUAGUCUGUAAAUCUUCAAGUGUAAGCAGCUGCUUUUAUGCAAUUCCCGCAAUGUUUUAAUGUAAUAUUUUUUUAAUGUACAAAAGACAAAUAAAAUGCCCUCCAUUUG